GCUGUCACUCUAGUUUAUUGGUCUCUGGCUGUCACUUGUUCUGUCAUUGUUGUCAGGCUGUCAGCAAAAAUAACUUAAAAUCUGUACAUUUCUAGAUUCUCACAAAUAAUUCAACGACCUUUCAACUCACUUUCUUUCCGGUAGUGUUAACGAAUAUACAAUAAUACUUAAAUAAAGAGGGUAUAAUUGCAUAGUUGCUGGCUCCUGAAACGCGGUAGACCUUAACGUCUUCACCUUUGCCUAUUUAAUUAGUGAUCGAACCGAAACACACGAGAUAAAUCACAGCAUUGUUAUACGGUGACUAAUCUAGGAAGAAAAGAUCGGAUAUGAGAAAUUUAAAAAAGGAAGUACAAUAGUGUUUGUUAUUUUUGGCGGUAGUUUAUGUGAUGUCAGACGGGGAUCCUUCUUUGGAAGAGGACGUACCGAAGCCGCUCCUCCAGAAAGCAGAGGAGAAUGUUUUUUCGCCAAAGUUAACCAAUCCAAUAUAUGCGGGUGGCGUAAAACUUCAACAUAAGAAAUCCGACGUUGGUGAGACGGAGUCUUUUUUGUCUGAUGCCCAACGCAAUGAGCUUGCAUUCCAACAACUCUUUCAAGAUGGAGAUGCAGCAUUUCCCGAGACGGAGAAAACGGAGCAGGAGAAGAUGGGUGACCUGCAGGCCAUGUCCGUGCUGAGCAACUACCAGGACAAUCUGUCUCAAGAGAUGAACACCGAUCGGGACAACGGUAGCGAAGCGUCAACGCGUGCUGCCGAGGAGUGUGGUUGCGGGGAGCCGGCGCCCACUCUCCCGGGUGGGGUAAACGGCAAGGCCAAGACGGUCGCAAACCACUGCUCGAUCGUAAUGGGCGGCAUACAUAACAACCCGUCACUCACGUUCAACGACGGAGUUCGGUCUAUAGACUUUGUGCUGGUGUGGGAGUCGCUUAAAGAGGACGCGACUAGUCCCGAGGCGUACGAGCAGAGGCGCAUUUUUGAGCACAACCUCGAGCAGGAUGGCUUGCAGCUCGAAAGGGAGGCUCCUGAGGGACUCCACGGGCUGCACUUUGUUAAGAUACACGCGCCAGUGCAAGUGUUACGAGACUACAGCGAGAUACUGAAACUCAGGAUGCCGAUGAAGGAAUGCAGUAAGAUACGAAAAAGUGGCCGGACGAAUGCCAUACUGAAUGCUGCGUUGUAUAUGUCUAAGUUCUCAGCGUUAAAGGACGUGCACGAGAAGACGAACAGCCUGAUAGACCGCAUCGACGCGUGCUGGGAGCGUCUCAUGGCGAGGAUCCGAGUCGACCCCGAAAUGUUCCCCGAGAGGAAGCACCGACUCACCGCUAUAUAUUCAAAAGACAAGGAGUAUUUAUUCGAUACAAACUCCGAGUGUUUCUGGACGCCGUCGAUCCGUUCGCGCAUCGUGCAGUUCAUACUGGACCGGAAGAAGUUCUCGCACCAGCCCCACGACGACUUCGCGUUCGGCAUCACGCGCCUCAUCUCCAACUGCACUUACAGCGCCGCGUACCCGCUGCAUGACGGCGAUUUGAAGACACCGGGUUCGAUGCGACAUCUGCUGUACACGGAGUGGGCCGCCGUGUCAAAAUGCCUCAAGUACCAACCACUUGACUACGUGAAAGACUAUUUCGGAGUUAAGAUUGGGUUGUAUUUCGCAUGGCUUGGGUUUUACACUCACAUGCUAAUACCGGCCUCGCUGGUGGGGCUCAUCUGCGUUAUCUACUCGGCGGCCACCGUCUAUUCCAACAAACCGAGCGAAGACAUAUGCAACUACACGUCGUCGAUCAAGAUGUGUCCGCAGUGCGACUACUUCUGCGAUUACUGGGACCUGCGCGCCACCUGUCUGCAGUCGCGCAUCACGUAUCUCUUCGACAACUCCACCACCGUGUUCUUCGCCAUAUUCAUGAGCUUCUGGGCGGCGUGUUUCCUGGAGCUGUGGAAGCGGUACUCCGCUGAGAUGACGCACCGCUGGGACCUCACGGGGUUCGACGUGUACGAGGAGCACCCGCGCCCGCAGUACCUCGCGCGCCUCGCGCACGUCAAGCGGACGCAGCUGAACGUGGUGACUGGCGAGCGCGAGCCGAUGGUGCCGUUCUGGCGCAUGCGCCUGCCGGCGGCGCUGAUGUCGUUCAGCGUGGUGGCGCUGCUGGUGUUGCUGGCGCUGGCCACGGUGCUGGGCGUGGUGCUGUACCGCAUGUCGCUGCUCGGCGCCGCCAUCCUGCGGCAGAACAACGCGAUCAUCACCUACAACCCCAUCAUGUUCACCACCGCCACAGCCGCGUGCAUCAAUCUCUGUUUCAUAUGCAUGUUUAAUUAUAUAUACCAGUACUUAGCGGAGUGGCUGACGGAGAAGGAGUUGUUGCGCACGCAGACCGAGUUCGACGACUCGCUCACGCUCAAGAUAUACCUGCUGCAGUUCGUCAACUACUACGCGUCCAUAUUCUACAUCGCGUUCUUUAAGGGCAAGUUGAUCGGCCGGCCUGGCGGAUACGUGCGCUUCUUCGGGCACAGGCAGGAGGAGUGUGCUCCGGGCGGGUGCCUCCUGGAGCUGUCGAUCCAGCUCGCCAUCAUCAUGGUAGGCAAGCAGUUCAUCAACACCAUCGUUGAGAUGAUGAUGCCCUACCUGCUCAAGUGGUGGUACAUCAUAAGGACUAUCGGCAGGAAGAAACACAUAAAGAGUCCGUUGCAGUGGGUGAAAGAUUUCAAAUUGGUCGAUUUUGGCAACAUGGGACUGUUUCCUGAAUAUUUAGAAAUGGUGUUGCAGUACGGGUUCGUGACUAUAUUCGUGGCAGCGUUUCCACUUGCGCCGUUGUUCGCGCUGAUCAACAACGUGCUGGAGAUGCGGCUCGACGCGAAGAAGUUCCUAACGUGCUACCGGCGGCCCGUGCCGCAGCGCGUCACCGACAUCGGCGUCUGGUACCGCAUCCUCGACUCCAUCGGCAAGCUCAGCAUCAUCACCAACGGUUUCAUAAUCGCGUUCACGUCGGACUUCAUACCGAGGCUCGUGUACCAGUUCUCGAAGGGUUCUCUGGACCAGUACGUGAACCACACGCUGGCGGACUUCAAUAUUACCGUGUUAGAACAUCCGCCCAUCAAGACAUACUACAACGAGACUAUGUGCAGUUUCCCUGGCUAUUGGUACUACAAGGAGGGUGAAAACUACGAGCAUAGUAACUGGUACUGGCACAUCAUUGGAGCCCGUUUGGCUUUUGUUGUCGUGUUUGAGAACGUGGUGGCGUUGGUGAUGAUCAUCGUGCGCUGGGCCAUCCCCGACAUGUCGGGCGAGCUGCGCGACCGCAUCCGGCGCGAGGCCUACGUCAUCAACUCGUUCAUCCUCGACGAGACGCGCGCGCGCUCGCGCCUGUCGCGCACGCCGCGAGACGCGCGCUACUCCGCGCACGCGCCCGGGGACGCCGCGCCGCACUCGCCGCACUCCCCGCCCUCCCCGCCAGGUCGCCCCUCCACCUCCACGCCCGUCUAGUAACGCGGUUACGAGGACGGCACGGAGCCCGACUGGAACCACAUAGCGUCACUUUCGGGCUCGGACUUCGACCUGGCGGCGCACGGCGACCAUCAAGACAUCACCGACUUCUCCAAGCACGUGGUGGCAGAACUCCCCGACCCGCCAGGCAAGCCGGCGCCCGCGCAUGUCUAGGCACAUGACAAGCUCCAUGUGCGAUCUCAAUGCUUGAGGCAACUUCGUCCAGACUGGCGUCCAGGUAACUGUGACAAUAUGUGCUGUAUCUUGGUAGGAGUUUGUUCGAACUGGGUUGUAUGUGAAUCGUUUUGCUUACGAAGGAGUACAUUUACAUUAUGGAAAUGUGUCACAAAAAGUCUCAUUGUUCAAUAUAAAAGUUUUUGGUAACGUUGGAGGGAUAAGCCAGUGAUGGCAAAAUUAACUUACUCUUAAGUAAAAUGUCCAGGUUUUGUUUUUUUUAUUUGUAUAAACUACGUAAGCUCUACAGCUUAUAUAUAACUUCUACAUGUUAGAUUCAAUACUUGGGUUCAUAUCUAUACUUAGGUGAAACAUAUAAGGAAGCCAAGGAGGAACGCCUUGUUUGAAUAAGAUGGUUUAUGUGUUCACCAUGAACAAAGUAAUUUAUACGAAGUAUGCAUUUUUUUUUGUAAAAGUCAACAAAUAGCUUUGUUAUUUUAUCUCGAAUGUCGAUAUGAUAUCACGAUAUCGGUAAAUCGAUGUUGUUGUGAUAUAAUAUCGAUACAUUUAUUUCGGUUCUGUUUCGAUUAUCGUUACGAUCAUAAGGCAUAAUGCUUAUAAACAAUGAAUUGUACACAAUCGAUUUGAUAUAAAUAUGGAAUUCAAUGACUAUCGAUAAUAUUGAUAUAUUUGCCUUUGAAGUGUUCGUAGCGUACUGGAGAAUUAACUCAUAUUUUUUUUUAAUCUAUAUAUAUUUAAUGAUAAUUAAAUAAAAAUGUCUUGAAGUUCCGAUUAAUGUACUUAAUAGGGAAACGAGUUUCCCAGACAUAUCGUGAAAAUGUACACAUUUCAAAGGGGUGAUAAAGAAAAGUGUAGAGUAGUGAUGAAGCAGAUGGCUUGGAACUUAUUAAGACCGUUGAUUACAUUUUUUUAGAUUAUUCUUGUAUCUCUGGUGAAUCUGUAAGAUAAAUUUGCGACGUACUUUCUCGAAAAGUACUCAAUGAUAAAGUUCAUUAAUUUAAUAAAAAAUUUACUGUUUAAUUAUCACCGGUUAGAUAAACUCCUAUGAAUAUAUUUAUAUAUUGUUAUAUACAUAUUUAUAUACAAUUAAAUAUUCUUCGUUGUAUUUUGUGUAAGCAACAAAGUUGAUAUUCAUCACUGGUAAUACAUAUAGUAAUCGACGGCUAAAUACGGUUAAACAUUUGGUAAGAACAGUACGCUUUUGUUAUUAACACUGCUUCGUUAUUUGAUUAAAAAAAUAUAAUAUUAGUAACAUAAUAGUUUAUAUAUAAAAAGUGAUUAUCUUGUGAAGCGCAAGACUUUUUUGAAUCUCAUGCAGCUUAUAUAAUAUAGUAUCUAUAUUUACAGCAGAUUUUAUACAACCAUAGAUAUUUAUUGCUAUGAAAAAAUUGUGAUAAAAAUUUACGUCAAGUCGCAAGCAGAGUCAAUUUUCAUAAUAAUAGUUGCUAUUGCAGUUGCUACUAUACUAAUAUCUUCUGUUCUCAAGUACUAGCUAUUCCGAAAAUUAAAAAGUUAACGGUAUUUGCAAAGUUUGUUUCAUGAGUAUACUUGAGACGGUAUGAUUCCAUCCAUAUAGAAUUUUUAUUUUAUCAUAUUCGUGAAUACAACUAUCGACUGAGAUUGACUCUAUUGACGUGUAUAGGCGUCCAAAUAUUGUCGUUAUCCAAAGAGCGCUGUAGUGAGUGAUGUUGAAAUUAUUUAAAACAUAUUUAUAAUGUAGCAAAGGAUAUAUUUAAAUUUCUAUGUUCGUGAAAGUUAAGAGAUUGCUUGUUUAGAUGGGCUUGCUUUAUGGUGGAGGGUAGGACACUCACCUCAAAUACAGUAAAUUAUUUAAUAUAAACUUUUUUAUAACGUUGUAUUAAAACCGGCUUGACGAAUAUAUACGUCAUAUGUACCAUGAUAUAUGUAAAUAAAUACUUUUCAAAAUAUUUUUAUUAGUACAUAUCUUAUAUUUCGAACAGAUUUGUUAACAAAGAUUAAACUGUUUCGACGGAUAUAUACGUUAUGUAAGGAAACAAGCCUAUUAAAAUGUAACUUAUUAAAAUUGCCCAUAAGCAUUUAGAUUUUUUAUAUGUUGGCGUAUGAAUGUGACGUAGUUUUCCUGACGACUCUCAAAUUUCACUCGUGUGACGUCAUAACGCAAGAGCCGUGGGGUUAUAUUUCUCAGGUUUCGAUCUAGGACAGACACCCGUGGCCCUUUUAGAGGCCAAUAAUAGCAAUGCAUAACAAUUUACCAUGAACUGUUUGGCUCUUAGGGACGGGAUACUUCCCUAAGAGCCAAGAAAAUUUCGUUUUCUUUUCUUAAAUAAUAUCAAGGAAGGUUAGACGAGUUCAUAGAAUCAUUUUUACAAUCACUUUAAAAUAUAUGCAAGUCCAAAUUAUAUAUAAAUAACGUGUGGCGCCAAGAAUAAGGCCUCUGAUAGCGCGUGACCUCGCUCCCGCCUGAAUUCUGCAAGCCUGUGUAGUCAAAGCCUCGAAGUCACAAACGUUUUUUUUUAUAAACAUAACUGUUAGUUCUUAUAUUUGAAUUUUAUAUAUCGCAAACAUUUUAAAUUUAUAAAAGUAAAUAUAAGUUAAAUACAUGCUUAAAGUUUUCGUUUGAAUUCGAAUAAAUUUUGGUUUUUAAUUUAACUUUUUUUUGUAUAUGUACUCUUAAUAUUUUUAAGACAGAGAUUUGUGAAGUUACAAAAGUCUAAAUGAGUAAUGAACGCAGUAACACAUUAGGGGACCGGCCUGUGUUCGAUUUUGUACAUUAUUCUAUAUGUAAUGAUUGAUAAUACGAUAAAGAAACCCUCCUGCGAAAACUGCAUUAAAAUUGGUUAAAAAAUGAUCCAGUAAUUCAUAUUUCAAAUAUUACUAUGUGUCGAAGUGGGCGCGAAGUAGGGAUAUCGCUUCAUCUCUAUCUUUCGCACGCGUCGCAAUGCCCGAUGACGUCACACGUGGGUAUUGCGCCUCUUUUCUGUUUCUUGUUACUUACCCCUUCUACCGAAAUUAAAAGACUUAUAACUUGUUGAUUUUUUACCGGAUUUAAAUAAUUCUUUCUGUGUUAUAAUUUAUAUAACGUAAAUAUUUGAUAAUAAUAAAGAACAAAAAUGAGUCCGGUCCCCUUUUAUAGCGUACGAAUACAACUUGACGAUGACAACAGAUUUUUUUAUUGUGCAUCAAUGUUGUCACGGCAGUGAGAAAAUAUUUUAUUAAAAACAAUCACUUUUGUUUCACAGUAUAAUAAUUAAUGAAAAUAAUGUACAAAUACUAUACAAAUAAUAGUAAAGCUUACACUGUAUGCAUAAGUUGCGGAAAUAUGUGAAUACCGCAGUCAAUAAUAAAAUCUCAUAUUUAUUUAUUCUUGUAUACACAACCCCUUUCCAAAUUCCUAUUGUAUCGUUAAUAACACUGCCUUUUCCACAAAGUUUCAAUUCUUAGUUUCCUUUACGUGUGUAAGAAACAGGGAGGCUCUUUUAUUUCAAUCGGAAAUAGUACAAGAUUAGAAGAAACAAGGGGCAUAGUCACAUAUUACAUUUGGCGUGUAUGUACUAUGUCAGCAACAAUUUUUUCUAAACAGUAUCGUAACUUACAUUUUAUAGAAUAAUUGUAUAUGGGCUUGUUUCACAAAUAUCAAGAUUUUUUUUUACUAUUAUAUUGAACAGCUAAAGUAGACAGUAUAUAUUGUACGACAAUUUAUUUGGUAGCAUAGAUUAGAGUGUUACUUUUGUAUUCGGUCGACUUAUACAUUUAUGUGACGAGCAUUUACUCAGAAGUUGUGACACAGGCCUUUAAGAUAAAAUAUCUUUUAUAGACAAUCAUGAUAUCAUGAGGUACCACAUUUCAGGUAGACUGUAAUAUUGAAAUUUUGCACGCGUAAAGGGAGCCUCACGUAUCUGCAAAUAUUAAAUUAUAAAUUAGGCUUUUCAUAAAAUGUGAUUUAAUAUAUUUUGGUGCUGUUAACUAAUUGUUUUAGAUAAGGCGCUUUUGCCAACGCUGUGGCUGUUUAUUGUUAAGGAUUAAUAUACAACUAGUCAUGUAAGUGUUUUGUGAACAAAUAUGUGUAUCACGUCUGUAUCGAGAUAUUUUCUCUUGAAUCCAAUGCUUUGCCGAUAGAAUAUACGCCAUCAAUUUAGGUGUUUGCUGUGAAAAGUCAUAAUUAAUAAAAAAUCUUAUUGUCUUAAUAAAUUAAUUACAUAAUAAUAUUAUAGUAUUUGUCAUAUAAAAGGAAAAAAAAUGAAUAAUAAAAUGUUAUAAUUGUGUCGACUGUCGAUGGUCCCUCGUCAGUGGACAUUCUAUUAGAGCCAACUCCACUUACUAUCAGGAGCACUGGGGUCAAUGUGCCGUGCCUCAACAAAAACAAAGAAUACUGAUGACGUCAGCUUCCUCGAAGUUUGACCUAAAUAUUAGUAAAUUAACAACUUUUUCCUUCGUUGCCCUGAAGCAUUUGGUUAGUUACCGACAGUCCAUUGCAUAUAUUUUAUCUUUGAUGUCUUUGUUUUGUCAGUUCUUUAUAAUAUGCAGUUGUUACUUCCACUGAAUCAUUGACUAUUGCACUGCUUAUUUUAUUGUUAAAGACUAUAGUAGUGGCAUUUCAGAAUGUGUAUGUAGUGAUAAAAAUAUGUUUGAAUGUUUUAAAUGGUACGGCAACAUGAAAUCUUAAUUUUAUAUCAGUUAGUAUAAUAAUAAAGUAACCGAUAAGCACAUUAUUUUGUACAUGAAUUCUUUAUAUCACUGCAUGCACAAACAACACGUUAGGAGCAAAUGUAGUUAUAAGUCAUUUAUAAAUGUCUCGAAAAGACGCGUUAGUUCUCAAGUAGAGUCAGCCAUAAGUGUUACCAGAAAGGGUGUAUAACGCACAACCUACGUCACAUAAUUUUUGGAUCUGAUGUUCUAUGUCAUAAGGUAAAGAGUUUAUUUUUAUUUGUAAUAAGAGUAAUUUAAUUUGUCUGUCUAUAAUCUGUACCUGUCCUUGGAACUUUGUGCGGACAGUUCUUAAACAGAUACCUCGGGAAAAUGCUAGAAGAUUUAAUACAUUUAUGAAAUCAAAGUUUAACUACAAUAUAAUAUUUAUUAUACAAUACAAAUGAGAUGUUUAUUAUUGUCACGUAGAAGGCAGUGUUCGUGAAAGCUUUGUACGUGAUUGUACGCUUGUGUUACUGUUUAUACGAUUAUAUGGAGAGUUAACUGUG